GUCUUUUUCAAAAUAAACCCGUUCAGUCAGUGCAGUCUGUGCGGAUAUGAAGCUAGCUAACCUUCAAUAACUACAAUUAUACACACAUCUACAAAGAUGGAUACAGUUCCGAUAAACAAGAACGAAGAAAAUGUACUUACCCGAAAAGAAAUUCGGCGUCAAAAGUUGAUGGAAUUCCUCGCAGCAAAAGCAAACCUGACUCUAUCCAGUAAAAAACCGAACAUGGGUAAAGAUGAGACAUUGAAAAGCUCUUCUAAAGUGCCCAAUGGCAAAGAGAACAAGAUUCCUGCUCCCAACAACGAUGUUAAAGUUAAAACACUACAGCCCACUUCUGUUCAAAAACCUCUGGGUCUUAAAAACUCAACCAAAACAAGUUCCAGCAACCUGUAUGGAAAGCAGAACAGUAAAAAUAUAUCCACCACAGCGACUAAAGAUGCAAAAGGUCAAUACCAAAUACCAGUUUUCACAAAGAUCUACACAAUUGUAAACUCCAAAUCCACAUCAAAUGCAGCCAGUCAAAAGCAGCCAUUUACAAGAGUGCCCUCUGUUGGCAAGAUUUCAUCAAAGACCCUCUCUGAUUCUUGUGCUGUUAAAGUGUCAAACAUCACUACAGCCCUAUGUACAAAUGCUGCAUCUGCUACUAUGAACAAAACUGAAAAUGGAAGAAUGAUCCAUGGACCCAUUAUUAAGACCAGAACGGGACUGAUGCCUGCGGUAAUUCAACCCAGAAACUCAAAACCAAACAUUUUGUCAACUGUUGCCGACACAAAAAUGUCUACCUACAAGGCGCGAUCCAAAAGCUUGUCACACAGACCUGUUUCACAGCCUUCAAUUACUUCUUUGAGAAAAACCAUCUCUACAGUCGCUCUUAGACCUGUGAGUGAGAAGACAGUUACUAUGGCGACAAGAGGGGAAAAUAAAGCACAAAACAAGUCUCGUCCUUCAACUGCGACAAGUAAAAUUGUUGAGAAACCGCGAUGUAAUACGCUUUCUGAUAGACUGCAGUCAUUAUCAAGAUGCUCUACAAGGUCUGUAAAUCCAGACACAAAGGUACAAACUACUAAGACGAAAUCUACAGUUGCUCUCAAAGUGGACAAAAAUAAGCCAGGCCUCGGAAAACCACCAAGCACCAUGACAACAAAUCGGGAUAAUUUCAGAGUGCACAGAGUGGCUACUGCAUGUAACCACGGAGACAAAAGCAAGAUUUCCAAAGAGAUUCAAACCAAGAAAACAUCAAAACCGUUCCAUGCACCUGUUGCACCAAAAGAAAAUAAAAGGCCCAUAGUACCACAGUCCGCUCCACAACCGUCCAGGGCCCGGAACCUCAGCAGCCGGCCCACCAGCAUGAAGACCCCAGAGAGGAGCACUCCACAGCCUGAUACCAAACCACUUACUGCUGCUCAGGACCGAAUAAAAAAGCUUCAGGAAUGGAGAGCGGCGAAGGGAAUUUCAUACAAGCGUCCUCCGAUGUUCGUCAAGUCUCAGGCCAGACGCACUGUUGCAGUACCUCAGCCCUUCUGGUCCCACAUGGGAGAGGAGGACAAAGCACACACCCUGAUUUGUGCUGUAGACCGCUCCCUGGAAGAUUGCAUCAAACUUUUGGGGGAGGGUUGUUCUACACACCAGGUCAAAGAAGUGCUCUCCAGACUACCAGUAGUUUCGCAGAAGUUUGCAAAGUAUUGGAUUUGCCAGGUCCGUCUGAUGGAACAGGAGGGAGACCUAGAUGUUCUCCCCGUGUUUGAGAAGGCAGUUGGACUUGUUUUGGAGCCCAUAGAUGAGCUCCGCACUGUGGUGUUUGAGAUUCUGAAGAAAAGGGAUGACAACCAAGAUAAAGAAACGGAACAAACUGGAGAUUCUUUGGAAGCGCUGAACCCUGUAACACCAAAACCUUCCAGAGCCCUGAUUUGUGCAGAGAAAGGAAACUCCUCCAUGGUCAAAUACAAGAUUACAGCCACACCAGGUGGUCACCCGAGUCAGCGCCGAGACUCCACAGUUGUGAAUGGACAGGAAGUGCGCUUCUUCACUCCGGUGCGGCGCUCUGUUCGUAUCGAGAAGGCAGCUCCUCGGUACCCGGUGUCCCUCCAAGACCACGACCUUUGCGUUGCUUCAUACAAUGAUCUGAUCGCUGAGGAAGAGAGGCAGAUUGCACAGCAAGGCCAGUCUGAAGGCUCCCCUGCUGUGCACAACUCACCCAUGUACAUCUACAGGGAGAACGAAGCACUGAGAGAUAAGGUGUUUGUAGAAUAUGUCUGCAACGAUGAAUGAAUUAACUAUCUUUAAUACAUAGAAAAGAUGUUUUUUACCUUGUACAGUGUUGUCAUAUGAAAACUUGUUUUGGGGAGGGAUUGGUGUCUUUUAUCAAUAUCCAGUUUUUUAUAUUUAUUUUAAAUGUAACAAGUGAUGUUGUCAAUACAGUUAUGUCUUGUGAUUUGUCUUUAAAGGUCCUAUAUUGCACAAAAUUGACCCUUGUGAGCAUUCAGCCAUGUUAGAAUGUUGGUACCUCCUAAAAAACAUAUACCUGGAGUUGUUUUGUUUCAUUCACACAUGUUUGUGUGAAUGAAACAAUUAUUGGGUUGUCUACACAUCCAAAGCUCAAAAUGCUCUGUUCCACCUUCUGAUGUCAUGAAGUGAUAGUUUUCAAGUUAACAGCUAACUUUUACCAUUAGUUCAGUAGAGAUUCGCAAUUCAAGGGCUGAAAUCAUCCAAAUGAUUCUGGUGAAGGUGUAUCGAGUUUUAAAAACACAGUGGAGCACUUCCUGUAUUACCACAUGACAUCACAAGGUGGAACAGAGUGAGUGAGGAAACAACAUUAGAAAAUAGAUUUAAAAAACAGCAUAAUAUGGGCUCUUUAAAGGUGCAUUAUGCAACUUUUUGGUGGGAGCCAGCAUUUUGUCUCUAUGGAGAUGUUAUUCCUUUACCUAGUAUGUCUUAUACAGUGUUAAACUGUGUGUGACCUGUAACUUGGCCUGGUGGUGCCAUUUGCUUUUUUAAAUGCCAAAAUGUUACAUAAUGCACAUUUAAGGGAUAUUUAGUUCUUUGCAGUGUCUCAUUGUUUCAGGUCAUAGCAUUGUAAUAAGUUAAAAGUAUGUUCUUUUUACCAUGUGAUGGUCUAUGUAUUCAUAUAAUGUACAUAAUAAGUAAAUGGCUUCUUUGAU